CCACCGUCACGUGACCCGCUUCGCACAAAAACAAAGCCGUCAGCCUGUCACCUCGAUACACAGAGACUUUGGUGUAAUUUCUAUAAUGGCGCAGGCGGGUGUGUUUUUGGAACAUGACCAGUUUAACUGCUCGAUCUGUCUGGAUGUGUUGAAGGAUCCGGUCACGGUUCCGUGCGGUCACAGCUACUGUAAGGCCUGCAUUAAAGGCUACUGGGACCAGGAUGAUUAUUUGGGGGUUUAUGGCUGCCCUCAGUGCAGGCAGAGCUUCACUCCCAGGCCUGUACUGGGCAGGAACACGAUGUUGGCCGACGUGGUGGAGAAACUGAAAAAGACGGCGAUUAAUUCUUCUUCUUCUUCUCCGGUUAAAUCCGAGCCCACCCAAGCCGAGCCCGGGGACGUGCACUGCGACGUGUGCACAGGAAGCAGAAACCGAGCCGUUAGGUCGUGUCUGGUCUGUCUGGCGUCUUACUGCGAGGAUCACGUGAAGCCGCACUACGAGUCCACCGCUUUCCAGAAGCACAAACUCACAGCACCGACCUCCAGCCUGCAGGAAAGCCUGUGUGUACGCCAUGACAGGCUGCUGGAGGUUUUCUGUAGGACAGAGCAGCGGUGCAUCUGCUACCUGUGUUUAACUGACGAGCACAAGGGCCAUGAUACGGUGCUGGCCUCCACAGAGAUGAGCGACAAAAAGGACGCUCUGGCGGAAACACAGAGGAAGUCCCGGCAGAGAAUCGAGGAGCGAGAGAAGGAGUUGCAGGAGCUGAGACGAGCCACACAGUCUCUCACUCUCUCAGCACAGGCGGCUCUAGAGGAGAGCGAGCGGAUCUUCACGGAGCUGGUUUGCUCCAUUGAGCGGCGGCGUACGGAGGUAAAGGAGCUGAUACGCAAUCAGGAGAUAGCGGCCACGAGCCAAGCCGAGGAGCUUCUCUGCCAGCUGGAGCAGGAGAUCGCCGAGCUGAAGAAACGAGACGCUGAAUUAAGCAACCUCGCUCAAACCGACAACCAGAUCUCCUUCCUGCAGAACUACGGGUCGGUGUGUGUCCAGCCCGUGUGUAUGGACGUUCCCAGCAUCACAGCGGACCCUGGUUUCGGGUGUGUGAUGAGCGCGGUGUCUGAGUUCCAAGCUCUGCUCGAUGACGUGUGCCAAGGUGGAUUUGUGAAUAUUUCAGAAAAAGUCGGUGAAGUCACCAUUAUUCAGAAUACCAAGCCAAAGGCUGAUGCAGAGUCGAAUACAGAUCUUCAGACACCUUCAGUCUUUCAAGCUUUUGUUGGCCAAAACGCCUUCGGUGUCCCGGUGCCGAUGUUUAGUGGCUUCGCAAUGUCGUCACAGAUCGGCUGCAGACCGGCUCCUCGACUCAGACUUCAUCAGCGUAGGAGACGGCGGUAGCAUCGUAACUGACCACACCAACACAUCUCUCGGCUUUCAGUAUUUCAGUGUUAUUAACAAUUCUAUUCUAUAUUAAACGUUUAAAUAUUAUUCUUAUUUUAAAAAAGCCAAGUAUUAAGAAAGUGACAUAACCUUGUAUUAUAGAAAGAUGUAUAAAAUAU